CCGCGGCGCCCGCUCCCGCCGCCACCUCCGUGCCCGCCGCCGCCGCGCCGCCGCCGCCCUCUGACAGUGCCCGGUGCCGAUACCGGCGGGGCCUUUGCACUGAAGCCAAGUGAAGAACCUCAUAACUGCACUGCACGCCCUGUAACUAAGCAAAGACUUCAGCAAAGCACUCCUGCCCCAAGGAAGGACCUCUAGCACCACUGAGCUCCGUGCCCUCCCCAUCUGCCUGUCCCCAUACUGAGGCGGGUGCUCAGCAGCUGCUUUUUUCCUGUCCCACCUGACUGCUUCCCACCAUGUUCCAGCGUCUCACCAGCCUCUUCUUCAGUGACAGCAGCACGCCAGAGGGCCUGGAGGAGCCUAAACCCUUUGUCUCCGAGGAGGAGGAGGAGGAUGGAUGGCUCAUAAUCGAGCUUGGAGGCGGUGCUGCCCACCCCGGUGCACAGCGGCGGGCAGGGGCUGGUGGCCACGGGUGCUCGGUGCGGCCCCGUCCGGCACCACCACCUGCCUCGCCGCCGGCCCCGGUCCCGGCUCACACCGGCAGCCCCACGCCCACCCUGCCCAGCCCCUGCUUGAUGGACGAGAGUUGGUUUGUCACCCCUCCCCCCUGUUUUACUGCAGAGGAGCCCGGCCCCGACGGCGUGGGCAGCAGCCCCAUGGAGGACCUGCUCAUCGAGCACCCCAGCAUGUCCGUCUACGUCACCAGCACCCUCGAGCUGGAUGCAGAGGGACCUCAGGACGAUGCUGCCGGGGAGGUGCCGGAGCCCCGGCUGGAGCGGCACGUGCCGCACCGCAGCGCAUCCCUGUCAGUGAAGGCCGCCGUCCUGGAGAAGGUCAGCCAGGCACGGCGGGUGCAGCGGGCCAAGCAGCUGGCCGAGAAGCCGUGGCUCAGCCAGAAGGCGCUGCAGCGGCAGGAUCGGGCCCACCAACGCCCGCCCCGCCGGGCCCGUCAGCGCACGGGGAGCUUCCUCCACCAGCCCUGCCAGCGCCACUGCAACUACUGACCUCACCCAGCACCCACCGGCAGGGCUCGGCCUCCCACCGCCGCCGGCCCCAGCGCUGCUGCCCCGUGCCCCCUCUGCUGCCCUCCCCCGUCCGGGCCGUCACGGCGUCGCUUGGCGCGGUGCGGGCGGUGGAGCGGCGCCGUGCUCUGCGCUGUGCCCUGCCGGCUGGUACCCCCCAAACAGCCCCUUUGUUACAUCCGUGGAGAAUCCCGUUGGUUGUGUCCUGAGGAGCUGUGACAUCAGUGCCUUUCUUCACGACAUCGUACUCCUCCAGUGAACAGACUGUGAUGUCACGAGUGGAUACCGAGCAGAAGUGGGAAAAGGAACAGAGAUGAGAUUUGGUAUUUGAGGGAAAAAGAUGACAACACUGUACCUGAUGCUUCCUCCUCCCGUCCCCGCUGUCAGAGCAGAGCGCAGGCAGAGCUGCUGGCACUGCUGGGCCCGGCUGGGCCCUCGGCGGCUCCACAUCGGCAAAACCAGCAACCCUUCUUCCUGCCUAAAAUUCUUAAUUGCGUUUUUACCAGAGUAAUACAAAAACCCCACUGCCGUUUGCUUCAGAAAGCCAGGCGGGGCUCCGUGUUCUGUGCUUUUAAAGACAACUUUACCAGAAAUCUCAGGAAACAAAGCACUGAGCCGGGAGCUGUUGGAGCACUGCUGGGAGGUGACGGCCAGGCGCUGGUGCAGCCCAGGCACAUCGGCGGAUCCCUGCUGCCUCCAGUGAGCGCCAGGCCGGUGCCACUGCACCGCGAGCAGCCACAGCUCCUGUGCUGUGUGAGCCAAGGAACAUCAGCCGCCCCCAGCAGCAGAGCAGAGAAGGGACCCGCACAGAUCCCCCCCAGGUGGCAGAAGCACGUUGAGCUGGCAGCAAGAGAACGUGAAGGGAGAGGGAAGGAUGGAAGCCAGCGGUUGCAGCAUGAGGCCAGGCAGCAGGAGGGCUGCAGGCUGGAUCUGUGUGCAGAGGAAGCCCUGUCUGCCCCCGCCGAUGUUGUGUCGCUGAUGGCAGCCGCCUCCAGGCCUGGGCGAUGCUUGUUGGUGCUGCUGCACUCAGGCUGCCCGGCACCCAGUGCUGGCCCCUGGAAUGUGCUGCCCUUCACUGUUGGGAACUCCUGGAAUGGCAACGUAGGACCUGCUUUUAGGCAACUGUUUUAGGCCCAACCUCAGGCUGCUAACUUUUUUUUUUUUUUUUUUUUAAAUGAGAGGAAAACCCACCCUUCUCCAGUGAGCAGCCUCCCAGAUCCCUGAGUGUGGACGUGGCUGGUGCUGCUUGCCUGCAGGACUUACCUUUAGCUCUGACUUCCCAAAAGCACAGGAAGAAUGAAAAUUUGUUUCAGAUGCUUUUAUUCUAAGCCACACAUUGGAGCCUUCCAGAUUCAAUUCUUCCAGGCCUGUUUCUCGUUCCAGUCCUGCUGGGCACAGCGCUGGCUGCCGUGCUGCUGGGAGCCCAGUGCCGGGCAGUUCCAUAACUAACAAGAACCCCCAUUUCAAAUUAUCCUUUCUAAUUUCAGUAGCAGGCAGGGUAAAAGUUCUGAGGCAGAAAACAGGCAGUUCUGUUGUGCUGCUUUUCCAGCCAUUCUGGUAAGCAUAGAGUUGCAGAGCUUGUUCCCAAAGCAGAGCAGGAGCGAGCUGGGGGUCGGUGCCUCAUCCUGCCCACCCUGGCUAUAGUCAAGAUGCACAGUUUCAUUUCUGUACUGGAGACUGAUGGAUGAUUCCUUGACUUGAGAGAAAAGUUUACAUCCUUUGGCUUCCUUGGCUUCACGUGAGAUGCCUUUUUAUUUCUGAAGUGAUCCCUGGUACAAACUGGGAGCACUGCUCUUGUAGGAAUGUGGCCACAGGCGCUGCUGAGGGUGACGGCCUUUCUUGGGCACUUUGGUGUGGUGAGGAGGGCUGGAUUUGAUACUGUGAGUCACAUCCCACCUCCUGCUCUCUCCCAGGGCUCUGGAUAAUGUCCCCAUUGGUCACCAGGCUGUUCCCUGCCCUGACAAUGCCUUCAGAGGAAGAUUUUUUUUCUCUAGCCCAAAAGCACAUCAGGAAGUUAACAACGCCAGCAAUUCCUGCCUCGCAGCCAUCUUAGCCUGCUGCAAGUUCUGCACAUUUGAACAGCCACCAGUCCCAAUGGCCCCUGCAAGGAGCUCCCAGAGCCAAGGCUGGGGGUGCCACCUCCCCCCCUCUGCAGCUCAGAGGUGCAGAUGGGCACUGUGCAGCCUCUGGGCUGAAUGCUGUCGCAUGUACACUGCGUGUCUUGUGUCCACUCAGCUGCUUGCAAGCAUUGCCCUGUAAAAGACUCCUCACCAUGUCAACACUGUCCUCUGCUUCCUGCUCCUCCUGGCACCAGGGCAUCUGCAGCCUCUGCAGAGCCCUCACUGAUUCCCAUCAUCUGUUUCAAACGGCAAAUGCUGUUCCUCCGUCCUGUUUUGGGGAAGAGACUGCAGAAUGUUCUGAUUUCCUUUCAUCUUUCUGUGCCAGUCUGAGACAUCUGUCAUGCUGCUCCCAACCACCACAGGAAAAAAAAGUGGAUCUACUAUCACACUUUUUAUCAAGAAUAUCUUUAUAAAAGGUUAUUAAAUUAUUAACCGUGUUCUAAUGAAGAGAUUAAUCCAGAGACAUAGCAUCCCAUGGGCGAGUGGAGUGCUCUUACUAUGGUGAAUAGGCUCCUGUGGUUCCCCCCUCUGUCAUUUGCACACUUGCUCAUGUAUUAAUAUCUAUUAAUCACUGAUUAACCCCGUACACAGUGAGUGUGGAUUCACUUCUCGCACUUUGUGACCGACACUUCUGUUGCUGUGGCAGAGACACAUUUGAACUGCACUUUGCAGAAGACCUGUGCUGCUCCUGUCCUGUCCAGCGGUGAUCACUACAGCCGGCCUGAUACCAAAUCUCCUGCCCCACUGUUGCAAGAUCAAGGAAAAUCCUUUACACUGAGGUGACGAGCCUCCUUGAAUCUUAAAACAAAUGAAAGGUGCUUAAAAACUGAGAACUUUUUGGUGUGCACAGGUGUGCACAUGUAAAUAUUUUAAAACCCAGUGUGGAUGUUCAGUAGGUUGUUUUGGGGUUUUGAGUUUUUAGUUUUUUGCAUCCGGUCUUUUUGAUUUGUGAGUAGCUGUGUGCUGUUCUUGGUGGGAGGGGAGCACAGAGCAGGGAGAGCUGUGGCCGCGUCCUGCUUGGGCAGUGGGGCGAGUUCUUGGCUUCAUUUUCUUGUACAGGAGGAAGCUUCACCAUGGGCUCAGGGACAAACGAGUUGGCUGGGGCCCAUCGCAAGGUCUUCUUCUGGACACCUCCAUUCAGACGUGGGUUCUGUCGCUGCCCAUGAGGCCGUGGUUCCUCAUCUGUGCAGAGCCCGUAGGGCUGUGUGCUCUGUGGCCCCUGGGCAGCACGGUGUGGGGAUGCGGGCAUGGGCAUGAGCUGCAUCCUUGUGCUGUGAGUGUUAUCUCCAAUUCCCUUGUAUUUAUCCCCAAAUUCAUGUCAUACUGCUAGAAUGGAGCCGGCCCGUUCUGCUGUAAAUAACCCAGCACAGACUGACGCCUUGUGAAAGCCCCAAGAUUUGGGCAGCCAGACGGCAUUGUCUGCUUCUGUGGCAGCUGUGUGAGGCAUUGCGGUCAGAGAGCAGUGCUGGGGCAGGCAGGAAAGGAUCGUUUUUGCCACCCUGGCAGCUCAGCACAGCCACGUCCUGCUGUCCAGUUCUGGCUCUGGCCAGCACCGGGAGCAGCAAGGUGGGGCAGAGGGCUCUGAAGAACAUAGCCACAAAUGUGCUUUCCAAAACAAGUGCUGUGAAGGCUCGCUGUAGGGAGAAAAUGGUUCUUUCCACAAGAGUCAGCUUUUCUAUGAUGGAAAAGGUUUCAUGCAUAGCUCAUCCCAAAGAUCAUCUCCACAGGAGUAUUCACUGUACCUCCAGGCACAUGGCUAAUGAAUAGGUAAUUCUAUGUUUACAUCUUCUCUAUUCAGCCCCAGCAGGCAGAAAGACGCGCAGCCGUCCUGUUCUGCUCAGAGCAAGAAAAUGAAGAAAUGACACUGCAUUGAGACUUGAGACACUAACGGCACAGCUUCGUGAUUGCUCCCACAGAGGCUCAACAUCAAUUCCAGUGCCUGGCGGCACCCAGGCCUCCCCUGAAUGCCCACGGUUAGAGCAGGCCUGCAGAGGUGUGCCUUGAUUUCACUUUGAUUCCAGCUGCCGGUGGUUCAAAGUCGUGAAUAUUCUCCCGGUGUAACGGAGGGCUCAGUCCUUGUUAUGUUAAUGUGACCACAGUGUCUUCCGUGGCCUCGUGCCACACAUUGUCUGUGCACCAGGGGAUGGCCUUUCUGCUUCUUAGAAGAGGUCUGUCUUCAUUGAAAACUACAGCUCUUUCUUUAUAGCAUGAGGCAGAACAAACCGUGCAGCUCUGUGGAAUAGCGAAGUUGUGCCGUGCUGUAUUCCUUCCGUUCUUCCCCGCAGGCAGAUGAGGUGUGGGGUGCCCACCCCCUCCAUUGCACUGCACUGGGGGUGUUGCUUUUCCAGCUCAGAGUCACCAAAAUGCUGUUGAGGGAGUUUGCCACACACCCUGUGCCUGUCAGCGUGUGAGCUCAGAGUGUACAAACCUGACACGGAGCUCCAGCUCCACUGCAGCUGACAGCACAGCUCCUGCCGCUGCAUUCCAUCGUCUGCGCGGUGGGGCUGGGGGCAAGAAUAUUUUAUUCCCUUCAAAUGGAGGGGGAAAGAAACCAGCACUGUAAAUUCCAGCUUGUAGCUUAAAACCAGGCUGCGCAGCCAUGGGGAGCCCCACGCUCCUCCACUCCUUCACCUUCCCCACUCACAUUUAUUGGAAGCUGGCCGCAGGCAUGCCCAGGUCUUGCUAGAUCUUUUCUUUAGCUCUGUUUCAUCACAGUCACACUUUGGGAAAUUGGGGGGUGGGGGAACAGUGCAAGGCGUAACAAUAAAAUAGCAUAGUCUUUUUUUUUUCUUGUAUCAUAAAUAUAUCUGUGUGGAGCAAUGGAGCAUUGCAAUAUUUUAUUUAUAUGUAUCAACCCUACAACUAGGUAUUCUGCUUGUAAAACUCAUCUACACUUAUUGUACAUCUCUGUGCUGUAUGACUGUGUAUGUGCCUUUCACCCUUUUUUCAUGGUCUGUCAUCAUCUUUUUCUUAAACAACUGCAGAACUUGAAUAAACUAGCAAACCGCAGUUAAAAGUCCUAUGCAAGGGAUGACUGGGAAUUACAUUUUCAAUACUCCCGCGUUUCUGCGUUGCUUUAAAAGCAGGCGCUGGGACCCGCAGAGAAGCCUCACAGAAGGAAUGCCCUCAAAGCCCCAUUUCAGCUGCUGAAUCUCCCGGGCAGCUUUGAGGCGCUCAGCCCCCAGCGCAGCUCCUCACCACUCCAUGCGUGAGGCUGAGCAGCGGGCGCUGCCCCAGGACAGUGCUCCACGUCCAGCUCUGCCUUUCACGUGCUCUUCGAAGGAGAAAGCGCUGUCAGGGCUGAGCAGGAUAGGAUGCCUUACGCCUUCGCCCGGGUGCUGAGCGGGUUGGGGCGCGGCAGAGCCAUGCUGUGCAGCAGUGCCCACGGCCGUGCGCUGCCGCAGGGUGAGCCGGUGCUGCCCAAUGCCUUACAGCGGUGGGACGACACUGACACCGUGAUUUGGGAGAUGAGAAAAAAAAGCCCCACGUUUUCUACAUCACCUAUGCUGUAGGACCGAACGCUUGUUCAAAACGCUAAUGGAAAUCGUCCUCUGUGUGUGUUAACGUGUUAAAUCGAUGUAAGCAAGGGUUGUAGGGGAAGGGUGUCUACUUCUUGUAGGACUUUAUUUAAGUGUUUGCCACGUGUCAACAGACUGAGGGACACGACUGCCUGGAAUUCGUUUCGUAGUGUGCCUGUGUGCGUGUAACCUGGGUUCGGUUGUUAGAUUGUAAUGCCGUCUUUUGACUGAAAAAAAAAUUAAUAUAAAGAAAAACCACAAGAAAUAAAAUAUAUAUAUUUAAA